AUGGUUUUGGAUGAUAUCGCCAAGAAGCAAUAUAUAGAAGAGAAACAGGAUAGAGCUAAGCAUAGAUCCUUAGGAGACAUCAGAUGUAACGUAGAACCUGGAAGAGAAGUCAUUGCAAGUAACUCUCUGACAUUGGCAUCGUUCUUGACCAAAAAACUGAAUAUCGGAGGCAAAAGAGUGAAUAUUGCAAUUUGGGAUACCGCAGGUCAGGAGAGGUUCCAUGCUUUGGGUCCGAUAUAUUACAGAGAUUCUAAUGGAGCCAUAUUAGUGUACGAUAUCACAGAUGAAGACUCAUUUCAGAAGGUGAAGAAUUGGGUGAAAGAAUUGCGGAAAAUGUUAGGAAAUGAUAUUUCUUUAUGUAUUGUAGGUAAUAAAUUAGACCUUGAAAAGGAUCGUCAUGUAUCUGUUGAAGAAGCAGAGGUGUACGCUGAAUCAGUUGGAGCAAAACACUUCCAUACGUCGGCUAAGUUGAACAAGGGAAUUGAAGAACUAUUUCUUGACCUUUGUAAAAGAAUGAUAGAAACAGCUCAAGCCGAAGAAAGGGCAAAAGGUAAUGGCAAUGGCCAAUCUGCAAACACAAGAAGAGGUGUACAGAUAGUUGAUGAUGAACCCCAACAACAGAGCAGUGGAGGAUGCUGUUCUUAACCAACCAAAACUGUUGAGCUUUGUUUUUGACAUGGAGACUGCCAUGCAUCGCAUCACAUUUCUUAUCAGCCGAAUGUUGUGUGUUAAGAUAAAACUCACCUUUAAAGGACUAAAAGUGCUAAACAAAGUGGAAUGUGUGACCAGAAGGUUUUGCUUUUCCUUUUUUUUUACACUUGUCUGAACAGAAAUGAUCAAUGGCCUUUGUCAUGAACCUUAUAUAGAAUUGUCUUUUUUUAAAUUGAAAAGCUGUAUAAUUUGCAUGAAGCAUUUUAGCGUGUAGAAGCUCCAGUUGUAUUGUCCUUUUAAAAUCAAAUCUCUAUUAUUUAAUAACUUAUGUACAUGUUGAAUAGUACACAUUUGACUAUUUUUGAACAUUACUAAAUGUGAAAAUUCAGUCAAUUAUUUUCUAGUUUGAGCAGGGUUUUGCACAAGACUCUCCCUAUUAUGAGUUUAUUCAUCUAUUUCUUAAUAUGGUGAAAAUAUGCAUAGAAAUGUCAUAUUAAAUAUUUUAUCCACUUUAUAGGGCGUGUACAUCUUAUAAACUUUAGUUUUUCCAAGAGCCAGUGUGAAUGAGGGUUGAAAGCAUUUAAAUAAUGGCCCGGCUUUUGCUGUAACAAAUGUUCUAAUGGCAUCGACUGUUGAGUAGACUUAUUCCUCAAUGUUUAGAUUUUCCGUUUUGAAGGGCAAAUUGCUGGAAUUUGUAGUUGAUAAUGCUGUGGAUGAGGGAAACAUGGCACCUGGGGCUCAAGUGAGCAAGACCAGCAACUGUGUCUCCUUAAUUUAUGAGGCUGAAGGAUUGAGGAGUAAAAAAGGAACAAUGGAAAAAGAAGUGUAAAUUACUGGAUGAAUUUGAUGUCAAUUAAAUGGAGCAAAAAAUAUUGGAUUUAGAGAGAAGCGAAACCAAGGAAAAAUACAUUUUUAAAAAAUAAAAUUUUAUAUUUUUAAGACCUUCAAUUAGUACCUAAAACAAUACAAUUCCACACCUAAGUGUUAAUUUUCAAUGCUGGGAUCUUGGAUGGCAAUUUUUGACUGUUAUUAGAUAUUUUAAGAGAUACUUGCAUUUGUAAUAACAAUAAUUAACUUCAUGACAAGUUUUAGUUUGCAUCCACUGUGCAAAUAAGCACAUUCAUUGCAUCUCAAUUAUGAAACACUUUCAUGAAACUAACUUGGACAGCAAUUUUAAGAUAUUGACAUUGACUAUGCAUAUGCUUCUCAACUGAAUUUGCUGUCUGAUCUAUGUGCUUAAAUAAUGAGGAGAACUAUUUAGUCUGUUACUUUGACAGUAAAAUCUGGGCCAUUGUUUCUGUUAAAGUACAUUUAUCUCAACAAAAUUUGAAAUAAAGGGGCAAAAUUGGUCUUUCGUAGUGUGAAAAGAGUGAUAACGAAACCACCCCGAGACCAUUUCCCUACCAACAUUUUGGAACUGAAGUAGGCCUUGCAAAUUGACAACAAAGGUCUGAGGAAAAGUACAAUUUAUUGAUUUUUUUUUUUGUGCGCAGUGUAUGUGAGGAGGAAUGUAAUUUUUUUUGGAUUAUGGUUUAAAAGUGCAAUGCAAAAUUUCUUACCUGUAAAUCUAAAUCAAUGUAAUAAAUGCACUAAAGAGCCAUUUGUGUUAAA